CUCGGCCUCAUGGCGCUCUGGUUGACCGUGGUCAUUGCUCUCAGCUGCUUUGGUGACCUCGCCUCCCCGGGCCCCGUGCCUCUCAUAUCCCUCAGAGAGCUCAUUCAGGAGCUAGAUAACGUCACCCAGAACCAGCAGGCCCCCCUCUGUAAUGGCAGCUUGGUGUGGAGCGCCAACCUGACGAGCAAUGUGUACUGCAAGGCCCUGGAAGUCCUGAUCAACGUCUCCAACUGCAGUGCCAUCCAAAGGACCAAGAGGAUUCUGAGCAGGCUCUGCAAACGGGAGGCCCCACCCAGUCAGGUUUCCAGCUCGCAAGACCGACACACCAAAAUUGAAGCGAUGCAGUUCAUAAAUGACCUGCUGAGACGUUUAAAACAACUUUUUCGUGAUGUCGAAAAUUCCUUGGGGGGAAGGGUUGAGGGAGGGGGUAAGAUUUCUGUAGCCUUCAGCCCGGCUCGCCCCAGCCUGCCCUUUGCCUGGUCCCUGGGGCUCAGUCUGGCGGGCCUCCCCCAUCUGGGGCUCAGGGCUCAGAGCUCCACGCUCGGUGGACAAAGGAGGAAGACAUUGUCCCACACCCCUUCCCCUCCUCAGGGCGUGGCAGUGAGUGCCCCCUUGCCAGAUGCUUGA